UCACGUCACAGCAUCACCUCCCACCACCACCAUGGCCGACUCCUCAUACCCUCCACCACCGCCCUCCAACAACGAGUCCAAGUAUGGCGGCUUCACACGCUUCGAGAUCGAACUUGAGUUCGUCCAAUGCCUCGCAAACCCCCACUACCUCCUCCACCUCGCAACCCUCACCACCUCCGAAACCCCCAACACCCCCAGCAUCCCCCUCCUCGCCCACCUCCCCUUCAUCGCCUACCUCGCCUACCUCCAAUACUUCUCGACCGCGCCAUAUCUCAAGUACUUGACGUAUCCGGGGCCGACGCUUAAGAACCUCGAGUUGUUGCAGAAUGAGCGGUUUAGGAGGGAUGUGUUGAGCCCGGAUGUGGUGGGGCAGUUGGUUGUGGAGGGGGUGGGCGCUGUUGCUGGGAGUCGAGGGGGGACGAAGGGAGAUGAGUUGUCAUGAUGGAGAUUAUGGACUGGGAGGGCUGGGCAAAGUUCGCAAGGUAUAUGAACCAAUUGGCCGUAUGAUCGGGGAUGUGGUUGAGGAAACCUCCAUACCGCCAAAACAUUGGGAUGGGAUAUGGCAUCCAGGGAAGAGGCAUAGAGCGUCAGGUCGGACAGGAAAGUGGGGAUGGUAGAGGGCUCCAUGGAGAUGGACCAUGUAUCAACAAGCAUAUAGCGGGUAGGCGUUUUAUGGAGGGUUCUCUAUCACCAAUGCAGAAGAGACAAACAUAUUACAGCAUAAAGUGGAUAGAAUACAUGGUC